CUUGCCAGCAAUAAAGGCCCAGACAGCUGUGCUGCCCAGCUCAUAGGCAGGCCUCUCAGGAGACACCUGAGAAGAUCCCAGGCUGGCAGCCCUUUCUCCAAGGUCAGCACGUGCAGCCUGACCCGUCCUCAGUGCCCUGACGUGUUGGCAGCUAGGAGGGUGGUGAGAGAGCCUGAAUUUGAGAAGCUACUUCCAGAGUCAGAUCAGACAAGGGUGGUGAGAUUUGGACUCAGAAUAAAAAGAGAUGAGCAGUCCUCAGCCUUUGGAAGAGGAGACAUACGACAUGUCAGGGGCCCGCCUGGCCCUGACACUGUGUGUCACCAAAGCCCGAGAAGGUUCCGAGGCAGAUCUGGGUGCCCUGGAGCGCAUGUUCCAGCAUCUGGGGUUUGAGAGCACCAUGAAGAGAGACCCUACUGCCCAGCAAUUUCAGGAAGAGUUGGAAAAAUUCCAACAGGCCAUCGACGCCCGAGAAGACUUUGUCAGCUGUGCCUUCGUGGUUCUCAUGGCACACGGAUUAGAAGGGCGCCUCAAAGGGGAGGAUGAGAGGAUGGUCGAGCUGGAGGACCUCUUCCAGGCUCUGAACAACAAGAACUGCCGGGCCCUGAGAGCCAAGCCUAAGGUGUACAUCGUGCAGGCUUGUCGAGGAGAACAAAGGGACCCUGGUGAACCAGUCACUGGAGGGCAUCUUGUGAUGAUCACAGAAGAAAGUCCUGAAACCAUCCCAACGCACACAGACACCCUCCACGUCUUCUCCACCAUAGAGGGGUACAUUGCCUACAGACAUGACCAGGAGGGCUCCUACUUCAUCCAGACUCUGGUUGAUGUGUUCAUCAAUAAGAGAGGACCCAUCCUGGAGCUUCUGACAGAGGUGACCCGGCGGAUGGCAGAAGCAGAGAUGGUUCAAGAAGGGGAACCAAAGAAAGUGAACCCUGAAAUCCAAAGCACUCUUCGGAAACGACUCUAUCUGCAGUAGAAGUAGAAAGGGGGGGUGGGGCUCUCUUUCAGGUGCCCUCUCUGCCCCCACAGAGAUUUAAAGACAGCUCUCACCACUUCUCCAAAAUCUUCUCUUCCCAAAGCUAAAUGGUGCCCAGCUCUUCACCCUUCAUGAGGGCCCUCCUUCAAUCUAUCCGCAUCCUUCUUAGGACAAACCAGCUAAAACUGAACACAAAGCACGGUGAUAACAUUAACAUCACCUCCCUUGGGCUGGACUCUCCACCUCUAUUAAUACACCUAAAAAGACAUUCAGUUAUCCCACUCUCUAUUCCUAUGCUCUGGUGAAGCCCUCUUCUUUCUGCCAUGAAUCAUACCCACACAAAUGUAACCAGAUAAAAUGCAAGAUUUUCCACUGUUAAACCAUGCCCUUUCAUCACCUCCCAUCCCAAUCAAAACUUCACUGGCUCUGGAAUUUCACGUGGAGUUAUAACCUCCUCUUCCUGGCAAUUGCAUCCAUUCCCAUCUCCCAGAGAUUUCCUCUCAACCUCUGGAAAUUCAGUAAAGCAAGAGUUAUUCUCUCUCCAAGACCCCUCUUCUUUGGCCAACAAGCAGGCGCCUUGACGCCAUCCACCUCAUGGGUUCUCUCUGGUUAAUGGAGCCUCUUCCUCCUUUUCUGAAGCCCUUCCUCCUGACUAAUGCCACUCCAUCCACUGCUCUGAAUUCUGACAUGUGUCUGAGACAAUCCAUCCAUUUACCUAUUCUCAGAGUUUUGACUCUCUCUAAAAAAAUAAAUUUUGUUUUUAAUUGGA